AUCAAGGAUCUAUCUUGUUGGACAAAGACGGGAAGAGGAAACACACGAGACCUACGUUCUCCGGCCAGCAGAUCUUCGCCCUGGAGAAGACUUUUGAACAAACGAAAUACUUGGCGGGGCCCGAGAGAGCGCGCCUGGCCUACUCGCUGGGGAUGACAGAGAGUCAGGUCAAGGUCUGGUUCCAGAACCGCAGGACCAAGUGGAGAAAGAAGCACGCGGCCGAGAUGGCCACGGCCAAGAAGAAGCAGGACUCGGAGACCGAGCGGCUCAAGGGCGCCUCGGAGAACGAGGAGGAGGACGACGACUACAACAAGCCCCUGGACCCCAACUCGGACGACGAGAAGAUCACGCAGCUGCUGAAGAAGCACAAGCCGGGCGGCGGGCUCCUGCUGCACGCGUCGGAGGCCGAGGGCGCGUCCUGAGUGCGGGCCGUGCGGAGAUGUACAGAUCUAUUUUUCUAACCCAGAAGUGCGGCGGGAGGAGGGACCCGAGGAGACUGGGGUGGACGAGGAGGCCGCCCGAGGCCACGCGGUGCAGUGCUCCAAGGACGCAGCCGGGGUCCCCGCACGCGUCCCCGAGGCGCCGGCUCCCCUUCCCUGCGGUGCCGGGGCCCGGGACCGACGGACCCACGGCGAGGGGACCUCGAUGCACGAGCGCCACCGCCCCGACAGGACAGGGACGCUGCCCCAGCUCUCUGCUGUGCGACUAAAGCGACCUGUUGAAGGCUCUGUAAAUAAAUCGUGAGUCACACUGACUAGAGGUUACUUUAUUGUGAAUAUUUAAAAUGUAAAAUGCUUUUUUUGAAUUUGGUAUACAAAGAUGGAUCUCCUCCUUCCUUCCUGCCUUCCUUCCAAGCCAGCCUUUUGAAGACCCAUCCACACGACCGCUCACUUCCCCCUUUAUUUCAAGCUUAAUUUGGGAAUUGCAGGACAGAACGUGCUCACCGACCUGACCCUCUCCUGUCGCUCUUCUUUCCACGUGGAGUUGCCGAGCCUCAGUUUCCCUUUUUGCUCCUAGUCCUGCCUCCCCUCUGCCCGCCCCAAAGACUCGAAGCAGAAGUUGUGGGAUCCGGGAGUCUCACACCGGUCCCUCGGUCCCCUCUGAAAUUGCACAGUCGUUUGUUGCUAUUUAUUAGUGAUUUAAAGAAAGGAUUGGGGAGGGCGGGGCCACACUAGCUUGUGUUUAAUUUAACUCCUUUCUGAUAAAAAUGCGUGUUAAGGUAGAUGGUGGGGGAAACGGUUCCGGGUCAGAACAUAAAAUCCAUUUAGUUGCUGUAAUUGAAUUUGAAGUGUUUUGUAUCAUAAGAAUAUUAUAGAAUAUGUAAAUUGUUUUCUUUUUUUAAAGCUAAUAAUGGUGAUAUAUUAGCAUCUUUAACCUUUAUUAAUUUAUAUAAGGAAUUAGGUUUGUAAAGAGAAGACAGCCCCUUUGCAAGACCAGUUAAAUGUAAUGCACUUUCUGUUUCAAAGGAUAAAUCAAAUUAAACAGUUUGAAGA